CUCUGCUUCAUCAAGCAAAUUCUCUUUUCCUUUCUCAGUUCCUUUCUUCAAUUUCCUAUACAAAAGUUUAUCAAUCAUGGCCUCUUUUGUUUCUGCUCAUUUCUUUCUCCUGCUAGUAUUUGUUGUCUCUCUCUUCCAUCUCAACUCUGCAGCGAGGCAACUCACUGAGUCGACAGAAAACCAGCAAACCCUUUUGUUUCAAUACCAUAAUGGUCCUCUUCUUACUGGCAAAAUUUCUAUAAAUUUGAUCUGGUAUGGAAAAUUCAAACCUUCUCAACAUGCAAUUGUUUCUGACUUUAUUGCUUCCCUUAUUGCUUCCCUUUCUAAGCCUGAAAUAGCCCAACCCUCUGUUUCUACGUGGUUCAAAGCUACUGAAAAAUACUAUAAUCUCAUAAAAUCUAAGAGAGCUUCUUCUCCCGUUGUCCAUUUGGGCACACAAAUUUUUGAUGAGAGUUACUCUUUGGGGAAAUCUCUUUCCAAUAAGCAAAUCGUUGAAUUAGCAUCCAGGGGUGCCCAAAACGAUGCUAUUAACGUCGUUUUGACAUCAAAAGAUGUCACAGUCGAGGGAUUCUGCUCUAGCAGAUGCGGAACUCACGGGUCUUCUGUGGCAGCUAAAAAAAUAAAUGGUAAAAGUUCCAAAUUUGCUUACAUUUGGGUUGGGAAUUCUGAAAGCCAGUGCCCAGGUCAAUGCGCUUGGCCAUUCCAUCAACCUAUUUACGGACCUCAGAACCCACCACUGGUUUCACCCAAUAACGAUGUAGGUCUUGAUGGUAUGGUUAUCAAUUUGGCUAGUCUUUUGGCUGGGACUGUGACCAACCCAUUCGGAAAUGGCUACUUCCAAGGUCCAAAGGAGGCUCCUCUUGAGGCUGCAUCAGCUUGUCCUGGUGUAUAUGGGAAAGGAGCCUAUCCUGGUUAUGCUGGGGAUCUAUUGGUGGACUCAACAACUGGUGCUAGCUAUAAUGCACAUGGUGUCAAUGGCAGGAAAUAUCUGCUUCCUGCUUUGUUUGAUCCUUCAACCUCUGCUUGUUCCACUUUGGUUUAAACAACAACGAUCUCUACACGCCCAGACACGAUUAUUUGCUUGUAGGAUUAUAUAAGAUAUUCUUUCAUUCUUUAUUACUUCUAUUUGUUAUAUACGCUGAUAUGUGAAGUUAUAUGCAAAGUUGUUAUACAUACAUAAAUAUAUGAAGAUUUCUGUCAUUUUCUUUUAUUA